CUUUCGAGUCCCCAACACACAUCAAGCGAGCGUUGACCCCAUGAUGCUCGGCCAUCUUUUCGCGUUCGUCGCCGCAUCUGUCGUGACUGCAGUGAUGGCGGAGAAUACAUGGAAGAUGACCCCCGUCCGGUCGAUCCAAGCUCGCGUGCAAUCGGACCCGCCCGUGUGGGAUACCGACAACAAUGUGUGGGUGGCCGUUUUCAAGACUGGAACAAACACAUUCAACGAGAAGUACGUGGCGUCGCUGGAUACGGUCAACACGGCGAGCGUCGAAGGCGCGCUAAUGUACGUGCAAUCGGAAGGCAUCGACCAGGCCAUCGUACCUGGCUGUUCCCGCAAGAGCAACAUGAGUUACGUGUGGUUUUACGACAUCACAAUUGUCCAGCCAACGUACGGCAUCGCUGAAUACGGCUCCAACACGGCCAUUUACCCCGAAUACUGCCAGUUUGUGGCCAUGGACAACGGCAUGUGCACUCCAACGGCUGGCACGACGCUGCCCAAGGAGUGCUUGCAGUACUUUGGUGGCAAUGGACAGCCCAACAUUGGGCCUUGUGUGGGCGGCGAGAACCGGCUGGACAACCCCAAAGCACCGUACGACAACAACGUGUGGUUUUCGUUCCCGAAUUCGUGCUUCACUAAGCCGUUUGGGGCAAAGUCAGACGCGUGCCGGGCGCAACUCAAGGGCGGCCUGUGUCCGCUUGGCGUCGUUCCAGACGGAGUUGCGUGCACAUUCUCGUACAACUUGCUCGGAUAUGUCAACAUCGACGACCUCGUGGGCAUCACGAGCAUGACGUCGUCGGCAGGAGAGAAAUACCCCAACCGGUACGCGUUCUGCCAAGACGGCGGCAUCGAAUACAGCUCCCAAACCGGUCAAAGCUUGCCAUUCUGGGAGAAUCCCACCGAUCGGUCGGCCAACACUGCCCGCAGCCAAAAGAUGAUCCAAUACUAUGGCACCCAGGUUGCUGACCCCGUCAAAGGCGCCAACAUGAAAGCCUUUCCAGACGUAGCGACCCUCGCAGCGACCAACCCCCCCUGUUAUGUGAAUAGUCCGCUCUGCUCCUCGGCCAAGUUUGGAUGCCGACGAAAACUGCUCGCGCAGCUGUGCGAAGUUUGCACCGUCGAGGCCAGCGACUGCAUCAAGCGUCCAGCUGGCACGCCGUCGUUCCCGGCGCUGGAAAAGGCGACACGAUCAUCCUCUGGAGGAAGUAGCGGAAGCUCUACCGCGAGUGGGAGCGAUCAAAACGACGCUGCACAGUCUAUGGCGCACGUCGGAGUGCUUCUGCUGGUUGCCCUUGCGUUGUGCGCGUAGAAGCACGACACGAUGAAGGCGUAACGAAGUACGUCCAUUCAAGGACUGCAGUUCGACGAACGAGUGGCAUACAGUACUGCGCGUACACACUGCAAUGCUUUUGACAGCCUCGAGUGUAUUUUACAUGUUUACAUUUACUACACUAGUAAUGAUAUACCGAUUCCAAUGGUCACCAAUGUUGACACUACUGCGCAGUACUGUAGUGCCUUCG